UCCGGAGUCUUCCCAGCCGUUCCUGGCUGUUGGUGGUGGCGUUUCAGUGUCUCGUCCUGGUUAUGGCCGCUGCUGUCGCCAUGGAGACAGAUGAUGCUGGAAAUCGACUCCGGUUUCAGCUGGAGUUGGAAUUUGUGCAGUGUUUAGCCAACCCAAAUUACCUUAAUUUUCUUGCCCAAAGAGGUUACUUCAAAGACAAAGCUUUUGUUAAUUAUCUUAAAUACUUACUUUACUGGAAAGAACCAGAAUAUGCCAAGUAUCUAAAGUAUCCUCAGUGUUUGCACAUGCUGGAACUGCUCCAGUAUGAACACUUCCGUAAGGAGCUGGUGAAUGCGCAGUGUGCGAAAUUUAUUGACGAGCAGCAGAUUCUGCACUGGCAGCACUACUCCCGGAAGCGGAUGCGUCUGCAGCAAGCCCUGGCAGAGCAGCAACAGCAAAAUAAUGCAUCUGGAAAAUGAGCUGCGGACAGAGAGCAGGCUCUUCAGACAUGUACAUCAUGUGUUUCUUUGUACAGUGAAGGCAGACAGACUCUCUCUCUUCACCAUUAUUGUUGUGGCCCCCGACUCCUUUAGUGUGCUAUUUAUAUUUAAAUCCAACUGACUUUUUGUUAAUAAGAUGUUUUGUGCAACCACAGUA